AUGAACGAUGUCCGAAAGGCUCGUCCCUCAUUACAGGCCUCGAGGCUGAGGAACUUGAUGCUCCAGGCGGCGCAAGAUGAGACCCAAAUCGUGCCUAUGGCCUGUAGCUACGACGCCCUUAGCUCGAAAUUGACCCAGGAUGCUGGAUUUCCCGUGGUGUUUUUGUCCGGCUUUGUCGUCGCAGCGUCGCUUGGGCUUCCGGACACCGGGUAUAUCGCGUUCGGCGAAAUGACGCAAAAGAUCGCCGAGGUUGUGCGGCAAGUCGACGUUCCCAUCCUCGUGGACGGGGACACGGGGUACGGAGGGCCGAUGAAUGUGAAAAGGACGGUUCAAGGGUUUGCACUUGCCGGAGCGGCCGGAAUCAUGAUUGAGGACCAGACUUGGCCCAAACGCUGCGGACACUCUCAAGGCAAGACGGUUGUUCCAGAAGACGAGGCGUAUGCGCGGAUACAAGCGGCCGUGGACGCGCGGAACGAGGGUCUCGACAUUUGGAUCCUGGGAAGAACCGAUAGCCUGAUCCUCGGCUAUGACGAAGCGGUCAAAAGAGCCAGGCGAUUCAUCGAGAUCGGCGUGGAUGCCGUAUUCGUCGAGGCAGUGCCGGACCGGGCCAUGAUGAAGCGGCUGGUGCAAGACCUCCAGUUCCCGUGCAUGGUCAACAUCAUACCAGGGGGGUGCACCGAGGUCGUCUCCACCAAGGACCUCGCUGCCAUGGGAUACGCGUGCGUGGUGUAUCCGUUUGCGUUGAUCGCAGCCAAGAUCAAGGCGGUCCGACAGGCGCUGCAAGAUCUCAAGGCCUCUUUCGAGUCGGGAAACCCCCCAGAUACUCUCGACGCGAAUGAAGUCUUCGAAGCCGUGGGGUUUCCACAGUAUUAUGCCGAGGAGGGCCGAUACCAGUAUAAUGGCGUGACGAACAGGCGCAAAGAACAGUAA